CACCAAUUGGCUUGCUUCUCUUAAUCCCUCAUAGAAAUCCUGGAGCAGCUGUGGGGUUCAGUGAGGCCAGACUCCAGGAAGGGAAUGGGUGGGAUGGGUCUGGGCACUGGUGAGCAGUGGGGAGAGGAAGUAGGUUAGCUUCUAGGCUGAGAAGUGCUCCUGGAGGCUUAUUCUGGGUAAAAGCUGGUCUUCUCGAACCUCGGAAGGUGGGGGAACCCACAUCCUGGUCUCACCCACCCAACCGCCCACUCACCCUCGGGUUAGCAGCCAUCUAAGCCCCACCCUCCCCCUCACACAUUUAGGUAGGCUGCCACAAGCUGGCCUCUUGCCCUCCUAGAGACAGACAUCACCACCAGCAUCGUCCUCUCUCCUCAGGGAGGCAUGCAUUUGAUGCUUGAGGUCCCUGGCAGUUGUGAUCGUUCCCAAGUGAUAUGUGAGUCCUGUGUGUCAUAGGAAGCUCCCCGUCCCCAUCUGGGGACCAAAGGCCUGGCUACAAGUAGUGAGUCCUCCCUCCUCCACCCAGACCUCACUGCUCAGAUCCCCUUCGCCAACUGGGACAUCUUCCGACAUGGCCUGGAUGCUGUUGCUCAUCUUGAUCAUGGUCCAUCCAGGAUCCUGUACUCUCUGGGUGUCCCAGCCCCCUGAGAUUCAUACCCUGGAAGGAUCCUCUGCCUUUCUGCCCUGCUCCUUCAAUGCCAGCAGAGGGAAACUGGCCAUUGGCUCCGUCAUGUGGUUCCGAGAUGAGGUGGUUUCAGGGAAGGAGGUGAGGAAUGGAACCCCAGAGUUCAGGGGCCGCGUGGCCCCCCUUGCUUCUUCCCGUUUCCUCCAUGACCACCAGGCUGAGCUGCACAUCUGGGACGUGCGAGGCCAUGACGCCGGCAUCUACUUGUGCAGGGUGGAGGUGCUGGGCCUGGGUGUCGGGACAGGGAAUGGGACUCGGCUGGUGGUGGAGAAAGAACAUCCUCAGCUAGGGGCUGGUCCAGUCCUCCUCCUUCGGGCUGGAUUCUAUGCCAUCAGCUUUCUUUCUGUGGCCGUGGGCAGCACCCUUUAUUACCAGGGAAAAUGCCACUGUCACAUGGGAACAUGCUGCCACUCCUCAGAUGGCCCCUGAGGAGUGAUCCCAGAGCCCAGUGAUCCGCAGUCCUCUUCAGAAGACCCCAAUAAAUCGCUCUCUGCCCCACCGCUAACUCCUC